AUGUCUCAGAGUACCGAAGAGCUUCAUAAAAAGCAUGUACUAAUCUUUGAAGGUUCCAUUGUACGGUUAGGACCUAGCGAAAUAUCCUUUGCAACAAUCAGUGCCUUCAACACGAUUUACGGGCCUCUUUCCGAUAGGAACACUACCAAGUCAGGCUCACUCCAAGGCUUGUUUAUAUCUCUGGUGACGGAAAUUACCCAACCAAUGAUAUCACAAUUCAAUAAACAAAAUCAUAAAGAGGUUAGAACAGAUCUUCGUCCUAUUUUCGACGAGAUGGUCAGGGGGCCUCAGGAGAGCGUUCACAAUGAUAUCUUCAAUAAGCACCCUAUCCAUCUACCUAGCUUGACCGGCGAGGAAGUGUCCUUCAAUCUCAGUUCCUACUUGGAUGUAUUGCUUUGGGACCUCGCUGGAGGCGUUGUACUUGGGCAUGAGCUCCCAGAAAGGGCCAAAGGAAGAUCUCUGUUUCAAAAGAUUGUACGUGCCAUUGCGGGUAUCGCUGAAUGGCCAGGUAUGAAAGGAAUGACCCUUCUCCAAGCCUCGCAUUUCAUCGAUGCUACAAGGGAUAAUACCUGGGAAGCAGAGAGUGCCCAUUCCAACUUCAAGGACCGUCUCACUUCUGGGACGAUAACGGAUUUGCGAUUAACACCUUCCGAGGUAAAAGCAAACAUUGUCAUGUUAGCUGGCGCGGGAUACGAAACAUCAAAAACCACAGUCAAUAAUGCCUUCUAUUUCCUACUGCGAGAUCCCGCUGCUUUUAGAGCAGUUCGGGAAGAGCUCAAGUCCAACUUCCAAACACGAGGCGAAAUUUCGGAUCAAAAGCUUAUCUCGCUUCCAUACCUGAACGCAUGCAUCAAUGAAAGCUUAAGACUGAUGCCGCCUGUCAAUGGUAAAGUAAUGCAGCGAGUCUCUUGUGGUACUACAAUUGAUGGUGUCUAUGUGCCAAAAGGCGUUGCGGUCUCCGCUGAUAAUUUCUCAAUGCACCGAUCGCCCCUCUACUGGGAGCAUCCCGAGUCAUUUCGACCAGAGAGGUGGAUUGACAAACAAUCGACCGACAACUUUCGUGCUUUCCGUGCCUUCUCGUCUGGACCGCGGGCAUGUCCCGGCCGUCUGAUGGCCCUUCAAACGGCUCGCCUCACCCUUGCCAAAAUGAUUUGGCUCUAUGAUCUGGAGAUGAUAAACGAUCCGAUAGAGUGGGAACAGGCUGCCAAGUCCGGAUUUGUAUGGACACUACCGGAUUUAUACGUUCGUGUCACUAGCUCC